GCAAUCUACUUUGGAUGAUGAUUUGAAUCAAUCGUCUUCUACGUCCUUCCUUUUGGUAUUCUUCUUCAAUUAUCUACUGACUGAUAGAUGCAGAAUCUGUGAAGUUUGCUGUUACUUUAGGAUAAAGAAGAGGGAAAAAUGGUGGCGGCUGCGACGCAGAUAUUUCAGUUACCGUUACAGUACUCUGUUUCUUCCGGCCGACGGAGUUAUUACGGUGUUUGCUCGCCGUCUCCGGUUGUAGUCCGUAGGAGUAGUGGACAGAGGAAGAAUCGGAGAGUGGUAGUUCAUCAGGAGAAAGGAGAGGCGGCGGAGAUUCGAGUUCCGGUUCCGUUAACAUUGGAGCAACAAGAGAAGGAGAAAGAAGACAGAGAGGACGAAGAUGAAGAUGAAGAUGAAGGAGAAGUGGAUCCUGAAGAUCUUAAAUACGUCAAUGAGAUCAAACGGGUGUUGGAGCUACUGAGGAGGAACAGAGACAUGAUGUUCAAUGAGGUGAAGUUGACCAUAAUGAUUGAGGACCCAAGGGAAUUGGAAAAAAGGAGACUUCUUGGCAUAGAAGAGGAGGAUGCCCCUAGUCGGGAAGACUUAGCCGAUGCCUUGGAACUGGUAAAUGAAGGGAAAAUCCCUAAAGAUCGUCUCACUCUCCAGAUGUUGUAUGAGGAAAUGAUCCGUUGGCCAAAUUUAGAGGUUGAGGUUUCAAAGAAGCAGCGAACAAAAUCAUUGUAUGCGAAAUCCACAGACACCGGAAUAGAUCCAAAAGAGGCAGCCAAGAGACUCAACCUAGAGUGGGAUUCAGCUGCUGCAAUUGAAGAAGCCGAUGUCGAUGAUGAUGACACUGGAGUAGCCAAGAAAGCCAUGGGUUAUGGAGCGUUGUACUUAGUCUCAUCUUUUCCAGUUAUCAUCGGUAUAUCGGUUGUGUUAAUCUUGUUUUACAAUUCCCUUCAGUAGAUUCCAAAACCUUUUCGGUUUUUCACAUACACCAAUAUUUGGCCCAUCAUGGAUGGUUUGUAACUUCAUAUUAUGAAAUGAAUUUUAAUUAUUU